AUGUAUGAGGGUUUGAUUAAUUUUCCAGAGCUGGAUCUGAAGAAUAUUCAUGGACAGCCGUACGACAAUGGACAAUGGGAUAAUAGCCUACAAGCAUUGAUACAAGAAGAAAAUAACCUAGUAGCUUGGGUGCCCUGUGUUAGGUACAAUACAGUUAGUCGCUGUUUGAGAGAAGCAAAAACUGACCAACCUAUUCUUUUGCCGAAAAGAACGACAACUCGCUGGUCAUGUCAAGUUGAAGCCACUAAAGCAGUCUUGCGAGGCUAUAAAGAUUUUAUAAAUGCCCUCGAAGAAAUUAUUGAGGACGAAGAAGACACAGCUAAAUCAAGAGCAACAGCUACAAAGUCCAAUACUGGAAAUUUGAAAUUUCUUCCUGAGUCUGCAAGUGUCAACGAAGAAGCUGAACGUUUAGUUAGAGAAGAAGACGUCUUCACGAACAUUGUUUUGUCUCAUUCUGGAUACAGUAUUGACAAGGAGAUAGCUGCUAACGCUUCGACCAGUAUUAGCUUAAUCGUUGGAGGACAUACACACACCUUUCUCUUCACAGGAGAUAAACCACCUGGACCUGAGCCUGUUCGGGGACCUUAUCCGACGAUAGUAAGAAGCAAACAUGGUCAAAAAGUUUUGAUUACGCAAGUAUCCUGCGCUAGUAGAUAUUUGGGUAACAUUACAAUGUUGCUGAACAAACAUGGAAAAGUUAAUCAUUUCUCUGGAAAUCCAAUAUUUUUGGAUAGUUUGUUUCCUCAAGAUGAGAAAAUAAAUGAAAUGCUGGUUCCUUGGCAGAAAUUGAUUGAUGCCCAAGGUGAAAAGGUCAUAGGGUCAACUCUUUUGUCAUUGAAUAUAACGAGAUGUCAUUAUCAAGAAUGUUCUCUGGGCGAUUUCGUGACAGAUUCCAUGGUAUUCGCAUAUGAGUCAUCAUCCAACGGUUCUACGAGUGGAGUGGAUUGUGCUGUAACCAAUCCAGGAGGAUUGAGGGGCGACUUAAAUAUCGGAAAUAUUACCUAUAAUGAACUGUCCACCGCACAACCUUUCAGGAAUACUAUUGAUAUAGCAAAAAUCAAGGGAGAAGAUUUGAAAAGAAUGUUCGAGUUUUCCGCGCAGCCGAAACAAUUCAGUAAACUGAAUCUUCUACAAGUGUCAGGGAUCAAAAUGUCUUAUAAUCUGUCACAGCCUCAAGGAAAUAGAGUGGUAUCUUUGAAAAUCAGAUGUCGGAAUUGUACUCAUCAAAUAUAUGAAGAUCUUCAGUUAGGUCAUUACUAUACGAUAGCAUUACCAUCGUUCCUAACAAAAGGGGGAACCGGAUUCAAUUUUCUUGAAGAUGUGUUGAUUGCCACGAAGACUGGACCUCUGGAUAUGGAAGUUUUUCAAGAUUAUCUAUCGAAACAUUCACCAAUAUCUUAUUUAGACUCGGAAAGAAUAACAGUAUAUGAUAGCGAGCGACAAGAGUUAUAAUGAAAAGGAAAAAAGGAAGAAGAAGCAAAGAAGAGCAAAGCAAAGAACAGUUGUAUACCGGUGGCUCUCAAAUUGAAAACAAUAUGGGAGGAUG